AUGCAUAUCGGCGAGGCCAUUGGCACGGCGUGCGGCGCCUUCGCCGCCACCAACAUCGACGACAUAUUCGUGCUCGUCACCUUCUACGCCGAGUCGGCCACCAACAAGCGCAUGUCGCCGCUCAACAUCACCCUCGGCCAGUACGCCGGCUUCACCGCCAUCACCGUCAUCAGUAUGAUCGGCUUCGGCAUCUCCCUCGCCCUGCCGUCCGAGCCCAUCGGCUUCCUCGGCUUCCUGCCCAUGCUGCUCGGUUUCUGGGCGCUGAUUGACGUCGUUCUGUCGCGCGGUGCCGACGACGACGACGAGGACGAUGAGCAGCUGCACAUGACCAACGGGACGCGCCUGAAAAUCAUUCUCAAGGUCAGCACAAUCACGCUCAUCAACGGAGGCGACAACAUCGGCACCUACAUCCCGCUCUUUUCGCAGACGCGCGGCGCCGAAAUCGCAGUCUACGUCGUGGUCUUCUACAUCGGCGUCGGCGUCUGGUGCCUCGCAGCCUGGCUCAUCAUGAAGCAGCGACACGUCCUAAUGAUGGCGCAAAAAUACGCGGAAAAGUUCAUCCCCUUCCUGUACAUGGGCCUGGGUGUUUUUGUUAUUGUCAAGUCACACUGCUAUCCGUGGUCAAUAGACCACAUCAACAGACGACUCCCGUCACAUCCCGGCCGGCUGAUCCUCGCGCUCAGCACGACGGGAUUCCUGCUACUAUCUAUCGCCAUCAUGUUUGCCAUUCAGUGGAGGAGGAGGAGGAGGCAAAAGGAGACCGCUGCGCAAUCUCCGGAGGAGAACGGCGGCGGCGCCUCUACCGAACUUGCAGAGCGCGAACCAGAGCCGUCGACGGAAGGGACGCAGGCUGGUCACGACUCGAACCAAACGCCUGAAAAGCCUACUACAGCAGACACGUCACUGGCCAGCACGAUACUGACAGAAGACGAGAAAGGACGAAUGCCGCCUUGA